CCCGGUCGGCCUCCAGCCAGCCUGUUUUGUUCUCCACCCUGUUUGCAGGAUGCCCGAGCCCGCGAAAUCUGCGCCAGCCCCGAAGAAGGGGUCGAAGAAGGCGGUGACCAAGGCUCAGAAGAAGGACGGCAAGAAGCGCAAGCGCAGCCGCAAGGAGAGCUACUCGGUGUAUGUGUACAAGGUGCUGAAACAAGUGCACCCGGACACGGGCAUCUCGUCCAAGGCCAUGGGCAUCAUGAACUCGUUCGUGAACGACAUCUUCGAGCGCAUCGCGGGCGAGGCUUCGCGCCUGGCGCACUACAACAAGCGCUCGACCAUCACGUCUCGGGAGAUCCAGACGGCCGUGCGUCUGCUGCUCCCCGGGGAGCUGGCCAAGCACGCGGUGUCGGAGGGCACCAAGGCGGUCACCAAGUACACGAGCUCCAACUGCCAUGAACUGCGGUCCAGCUAUGCCAGCCUGCCUUGGAGCCAACUGAGUGUGGACUGAAACCUCCAAAAACUGAACGAAAUAAACCUUUCCUUUCCCAA